AGCGACGCUCCCUCGCUCCUUGCAGGCUUGUGCAAGUUAAUUUGCAAGCGGCCUUCAUGGCAAAGCGGGCAAGUGCAAAAUGGCUGAGCCGCGCACCGGUUCCUGUCGUGCAACUGCGGCCCGUCUCAGCGGACAGCCAUCUUUGAACCGGGUAAAAGGAAGCGGCAGGUCGCAGGCUGCCGUCGGAUCUUGCAGAAGUGAGAGGCUGCGGAGCAAGCGGAAGGGGGCGGAGGGAAGGAGCAUCCAUUUGGAAAUAGUGACUCCCGUCAUAGCAUGCUUUGAAACCCCCCAAUAGUUCUGCAGUGAGCGGAGUUGGUGUUCAAACGCUGCUUCGAAACUCUCUUGAGAAUGUAAAAGGACUGGGUCAGAGCAAGGCCUGAUGCUCUGGGAGAAGCUCCCAAGCAGGGCUCGAAGGCAACAACACUACCAGCCAUUGUUUGUUCCUGGUGGUGUAGAGAUAGAGUUCCCCUGAAUGUGGAAGUUCUGAAGCUGGCUUGCCUUUGACAUGCCCAUUCUCCUGCAUGAAUAUGUGAAUCCCUUUUUAAAAGCCAGAUGAGCCCUGGCUGCAUAAGCUAGUUCCAGUGGCAUGAAGUUCCAGUAGCAAUUCAAAACAACCCUCCAAUUGCCAGCCAUCUUGCUUGGAUGAACCUGAGAUGUAGGAGAGGAGGAUCUCCAUCUUAGAAGCUCCGUCUGUUUAUCUCCCAACAUGGAGUCCAUUCUUUGAGUGGUGUUAGAGGCACCUAAAUAUACUGAAAUUAAUACAGUUAUUGGGGGAUGCGGCUCAGAAGGCUUCUGACCAGGCUGUGCGGGUUGCGGCAUCCCCCAGUUGCUUCUUCCUCCCUCAUGCUGCUUCUCUGCUUCAUCUGGCUGAUGGGCAUUGCGGAAAGUCUGGCCUUAGUGCCUGGCCUGCUGCUCAAACCGUUCCAUGCCUAUCGCCUGGUGACCUACUGCCUGUGCCACACAGAUGCCACCCACCUUUUCUUCAAUUUGCUGCUCUUCCCGCUGCUGGGAUGGCAUCAGGAGCUGUGUCUGGGCACGCUUCGCUAUCUCCAUGCUUCACUUCUUGGAGCCACCUUUUCAGCCCUGCUGUACCUCCUGCUUGCUGGACUGUGGGGUGCCCAGCCUGCCGCUGCUAUUGGUGGCUACACACCGGUGCACCUGGCUGUCCUGGGGCGACAGCAAAGGCAGCAGAAGCGGAGGGGAAUCUCAGGAGCAAUUUCCACAGCUUUUGUGGCUGGGUUGGUGCUCGGGCUCAGCCAGCUGCUGUCGGCCAACUCACCUUUCCUGCUGCGCACCAGUGGGCUGCUGAUAUGCCUGGCGUACUGUGCCGGGAUUUUCUCCCCACUAGAACUGUCAGAGAGAAGCCUGGAAAGGCUGCAGAGUGGAACCAUCUGCAGGACACUGGCAGGGGGCUCUUUCCUCCACUUUGUCCUGCCUCCAGCAACUGGACUUCUUCCAAUGGCCAACCCAGGAGCCAGAAUGGAAAGGAUUCCUUCUGCUCUGGAACCUCAAACCCAAGCAGUCUUCUCAAGAGUUUUUCCCACCCAACCUCUACCUCCAGCUUCACCAUUUGUCUCUUACUGGAGAGAAGAAAACAUCGAGCUGGGGAGAGAAUCUGGGCUGACCUACAUGUCUGGUUCUCCGCUUCCCUUCCUGGGCCCCUCUGGGACUUCAGACAUUCCUUUUUCAGUCCUGCAUGAAUCCCUGGUUGAUGAAGAGAUGCUGCAGGCUGGAAUCCAGGCUUCUUUGCAGGAUGUGACCACUGAAGAAGUGAAGCUACCCAAGUCAUCUGUCUCUUCUCUCCGGCUCCAGCAGCUCCAAAAGAUGGGCUUCCCAACAGAGCAGGCAGUGGUGGCUCUAGCAGCCACAGGCCACGUAGAGGGAGCUGUCUCUUUGUUGAUUGGAGGCCACAUUGGAGAUGAAGCCGUGGUGACUACAGAAAGCCAGCUGGCCCACCACAGACUGAUGGAUACCAACCAGUGAGUCAGCAGAGGAAGGAAGGUCCUAACUUCUGAUGCUGCUAACAUCUGGGCAGAAACAAGCCUCACCUGAGAUGAAUAUAGGCUCUUCAUGGAAUCUACUGAAGAAGUAUGAAAGAAGAUGAGCUAGAAUCAAAACUGAGUUGAAAGCAUCCCAGUUUACAGACAGACCCUACCUGAGGGGCAGAACAAGCUGGUGGCUGGGGGGCAGGAUUCCAGGUGCUUCAAGCUGAGAGAUCGUCCCAGGGGAGAUACAGCUGCUUCCUCCCAACACCACUCAUGAGACUGCAGGAUCUGAGGUACAGAUGCCAACUACCUAUUAGUUUUCCAGCUGUAGCCUCUUUUCCCUUUUCCCAAGAACAAGCGUGUCCACUAUCUUUUGUGCAACAGGGGAAAGAAGCUGCAAUCUGGAAAACCCUUGAGGAAACAAAACAGAGUUGCCCCACGGAAUCUGCAUCCAGCUUCAUUCAGCGUUGAUUGCAGCAACCUUUGCGUUUGCUAUAUAACACACCCACCACCAUCUGUUACUUCUUGAGUUGCUUGCAGGAUCCAGUACCUGUUCUCUCAAAUGAGUAAUUCCACCAUGGUCCCCUGGGAGAGACUGACGAUUCUUGAAUGGAUUACCUGGAGGAAUAAAAUGUUUAAAAUCCAGCUGCCUUGAAUUAAAGGAUUUCAGAGCAUAAA